AGCAAAUUCAGAUGAGCGGCACGCCAUACAGUGGCGUUCCAACAAUUCCCCCACCACAGUUCAGCACUUUUGCAACUGUGAUUGAUCCACCUCGGCCAUUGCCAGAUUUCGUUGCGAACCCGCUCGUUCAUGCACCCGCUCCUACUGCCGAACCGCACACCGUCGUUGUACCAUAUCCCACUGUAGACGCUCAAGCCGACCUUCCUCCAAAGCCCGAUUUAGGAGAGUCAAAACCUAGCACGGUUCAAGAAUCGUUUGCGAUUCCAUCCACUGAAAAGAAAUCGGCGGAUACCAAUCAGGCUGCGACUGAUACGUCGUCUCACCAUAAAAAGACUCAUAAGCUACCUUUAGCACCUACUUCUUCUAAAGGAUACGUUGCCAAACGAACUUUCAAGGUCAUUAUCGUUGGUGACGCCGGGGUGGGCAAAACAUGUCUUUCAUUUCGAUUUUGUUGUGGUAGAUUUCCGGAGCAUACGGAAGCUACCAUAGGUGUAGACUUUCGAGAGCGAAGCUGUGUGAUAGAGAAGGAAUUGUUGAAGGUGCAAUUAUGGGACACCGCUGGUCAGGAGAGGUACAGACAUUCCAUCGUUGCACAUUAUUAUCGGAAUGUCAAUGCCGUUGUGUUUGUCUACGAUGUGACUAGCCCAUCUUCUUUCGCUUCUCUACGUUCGUGGAUCAACGAGUGCGAGAAAAAUGGCCUAACCGCUGAGUCCGAUGUGCCUCGGAUUUUAAUUGGCAACAAGUGCGAUCUGAAGGCAACAAACCCUCAGCGUGUUGACACCGAUGCUGCUCAGAUAUUUGCUGAUCAUAACAAUAUGGCAUUGUUCGAGACUUCUGCUAAAGCUGACUCUGAGGCGGAUCACGUGGAGUCCAUAUUUCUUACUCUCUUACAUAAAUUGCAACAGAGUAAACCCAUGCAUGUGCAAAGUGAAGUUGAACGACAUGCAAAGGAACAGGAGAGGCUCGUCCUGAAGGCCAGCGAAGCGAACAGUCUCAAUGAGGAAGGAUGGUGUUGUUGAGGCCAUGGUAAAAUCUUGGCAUGGUAUAUUUUAGAGCAUUUAUCAAGUUUAUGUGAUAAAUUUCGCAGCUGAUUUGUUUUGGUGUGCGUUCUCUAAUCUUUUUGUGCUCUAUUGUCAUGUAUACCGUGCUAACAUUGUAGUCUUUGCAUGUUUGAUUAGCUUAUAUGACUUUCGAAUGAGCGAAUCAAUGAUAACGGAUAUUAUGGGUGAGUGUUAGUGGGUAGAAAAAUCCGCUAGAGGAUGCAUUCAUUGCCUUACUACUGACGUCGUUUUCCUUCAAAACUCAAAGCUUACCGCAAAGAGAAGCUAGUUUGCGUAACUCUUCAGAAGCACUUUGUGGGCUGUGAUUCUGUCGCUCUUCUCUUUUCCAUCUGAUUGUGAGCGUAGUAGAUCAUUGUUUUAUUUAUCCUUCCACAUUUUGUUUUUUUUGCUCGCGCACUGUGAUCGAUGGUUUCUCGGUGAUGAUACUAAUAUAUAAUUUAUUGGAAUCGUAAAACAACAU